AUGGUUCAGCUUUCGCUGCGCCAGACCUUUGUGGUCUUUCUCUCUCUGGCCUCUGAGUCGGUAGCCAAGGACUGGCUCAGUCCUGAAUACAAGUGGCUCUAUCAAUUCCCCCUUCCCAUUCCUCCUGUGAAGCAGGAGAAAUGGCCAAGUCAAACCAUCGUCAACCCUGUCACCAAGCAAAAGGUUAAGUAUUAUGAGGUUGAGAUCAAGGAAUUCACCUCUCAGGUGUAUCCCAAUAAGAAGCCUACCAAGCUUGUCGGGUACGAUGGUAUAUCGCCAGGGCCAACAUUUUUAGAGGAGCGCGAUGGCGAGUCGGUCGUCCGCUUCAUCAACCACGCCAAGAUGGCCAACUCUGUUCAUCUUCACGGGUCUUACUCUCGCACUCCCUUUGAUGGUUGGGCUGAAGAUACCACGGAACCUGGCGAGUACAAGGACUACUACUAUCCCAACUGCCAGAACGGCCGCAUGAUGUGGUAUCAUGACCAUGCCAUUGACCACACGGCUGAGAAUGCGUACUUUGGCCAGGCAGGUGCCUACCUGGUUCACGACGCUGCAGAAGAUGCCCUCGGCUUGCCCAGCGGCUACGGAAAGUACGACAUCCCCAUGAUUUUGUCGGCCAAGCAAUACAACUCGGAUGGCAGCCUAUUUUCGCCGGCCGGUGUGGACGACAGUCUCUAUGGCGACGUCAUUCACGUCAAUGGUCAGCCGUGGCCGUACUUCAAGGUCGAACCGCGCAAGUACCGCCUCCGCUUCCUCAACGCUGCCAUCUCGCGCACGUUCUUCCUCUACUUCGAGUCCAGCAAGAAGCCAGGCACGAAGCUCGACUUCAAGGUCAUCGCCUCAGACACGGGCCUGCUGACGAGCCCCCAAAACGCCAAGGACCUCUACAUCUCCAUGGCCGAGCGAUACGAGGUUGUCUUUGAUUUUUCCAACUUCAAGGGCCAGAACGUGACGCUCCGCAACACCAAGGACUUUGCCCCCGACAAGGACUUCCUGCACACCGACAAGGUGAUGCGCUUCGUCGUCGCUGGCAACGGCCCCGCCGACUCGUCCAGCGUUCCCACGGCGCUGCGCAAGGUCGACUUCCCCCCGCACAAACAGGGCGUCGACCACCACUUCCUCUUCCAUCGGCAGGGUAGCGACUGGCGCAUCAAUGGCGUUACCUUUGCCGAUGUCAAGAACCGCGUGCUCGCCAGGCCCAAGCGUGGCCUCGUCGAGGUCUGGGAGCUCGAGAACUCGUCUGGUGGCUGGAGUCAUCCGAUUCAUAUUCACCUCGUUGACUUCCGAGUCAUCAAGCGCACCGGCGGCAAGCGUCAAAAGGUGUACAACUACGAGGCCGAAGGUCUCAAGGAUGUUGUUUGGCUCGGCCCCGGUGAAACAGUGACAGUGGAGGCCCACUACGCCCCCUGGCCCGGCGUCUACAUGUUUCACUGCCACAACCUGAUCCACGAGGACCAUGAGAUGAUGGCCGCCUUCAACGUCAGCGUGCUCGAGGACCUCGGCUACCCUGAGACGGCCUUUGCCGACCCCAUGGAGGCCGACUACCGCGCCCGCAAGGAGAUCUCGAGCGGCUCGACGUACCUCUCAGUCAAGGACCGCGUUGAGCAGCUGGCCAAGCUCGAGCCCUACAACCACCACGGCGACGUCGAUGGCUGGCUCUCGGCAUACUGGGCCACCAAGGGCAACGCCGUCGCCACGACUACAGUCAAGACGUCGACCGCGGCAAAGGCCACCACCACAAAGAAGGCCAGGGACAUGCGCGUGCAUGCGCGUGAGCUGCCCAAGCGCACUGACGUCCCUGAAGCGUGA